CAUCUUUCGUAGUGUUGGGUUCUUCUUGUUUUCAACCUUAAUUAUCAAUUUUAUUUACUUCUUAUUUUUUUUAUUUAUUUUUUGUUAAUAAUUUGAUUGUUGGAAUUGUCAAUGGUGGACCCUUUGAGCCAAAGUGUUCAUAUUUGAAGUUAAAUCUUUCCACCAAUUGGACUGAGACUGCUUACAGUUUCAGAAUUUGUCAGAAAAAGCUUGUCCCGAUUGCAUUUUUGUUCCUGUACUCUUAUUGAUACGGAUGGCAGCACCAUUGGCAUGUGUUGUUGGGAGUGGUUUAUCCAUACAGAGUAAUAAAAUUGGCAAGGACGUCAAUGGAAGAUAUCUCUUCUCAUAUCAUAGGCUUUCAGUACUGAGUAAGGAGUCAAAGACAAUAUGCAUAAAGGCUUCCUUGGAUCAAAGGAAGCAUGAAGGUAGAAGAGGAUUUCUGAAAUUGUUGAAUGUGGGAGUUGGCUUACCUGUAUUAUUAGGAGGUGGGAAAGCUUAUGCUGAUGAACAAGGACCUUCCUCCUCCAGAAUGUCUUAUUCUAGAUUUCUUGAGUAUUUGGAUAAGGGUAGAGUUAAAAAAGUGGAUCUGUUUGAGAAUGGAACCACGGCUGUUGUGGAGGCUGUUUCUCCUGAGUUGGGUAAUAGGGUGCAGCGAGUGCGUGUUCAACUUCCUGGACUUAGCCAAGAGCUUCUUCAGAAAUUCAGGGAAAAGAACAUUGAUUUUGCAGCUCAUAAUGGCCAAGAAGAGACAGGUUCUCCAUUAGCUAACCUGAUUGGGAACCUGGCUUUCCCUCUGAUUUUGAUUGGAGGAUUGUUCCUUCUCUCGAGACGAUCGUCAGGAGGGAUGGGAGGUCCCGGUGGGGGCUUUCCUCUUGCUUUUGGUCAAUCUAAAGCCAAGUUUCAAAUGGAGCCCAAUACUGGAGUGACAUUUGAUGAUGUUGCUGGAGUGGAUGAAGCCAAGCAGGAUUUUAUGGAGGUGGUGGAAUUUCUGAAGAAGCCUGAGAGAUUCACUGCUGUUGGGGCUCGCAUACCAAAAGGUGUUCUUCUUGUUGGCCCUCCUGGAACUGGGAAGACACUUUUAGCAAAGGCUAUUGCAGGUGAAGCAGGUGUCCCAUUUUUCUCAAUCUCAGGUUCUGAGUUUGUAGAGAUGUUUGUUGGUGUUGGUGCUUCUCGAGUCCGUGAUUUAUUCAGGAAGGCCAAAGAGAAUGCUCCAUGCAUUGUUUUUGUUGAUGAAAUUGAUGCUGUUGGAAGGCAAAGAGGUACUGGAAUUGGCGGAGGGAAUGAUGAAAGAGAACAGACCCUCAAUCAACUUUUGACAGAAAUGGAUGGAUUUGAGGGUAAUACCGGUAUCAUUGUCAUUGCAGCUACUAACAGAGUUGACAUUCUUGAUUCUGCAUUGUUAAGGCCAGGACGAUUUGAUAGACAGGUAACGGUUGAUGUUCCAGAUAUACGGGGAAGGACUGAAAUUUUAAAGGUUCAUGGUAGCAAUAAAAAGUUUGAAGCUGAUGUUUCACUUGAGGUAAUUGCUAUGAGAACACCUGGUUUUAGUGGAGCAGAUCUGGCAAACCUGCUGAAUGAAGCUGCUAUAUUAGCUGGUCGGCGUGGAAAGACGGCAAUUUCUUCCAAAGAGAUCGAUGAUUCUAUUGAUAGGAUUGUGGCUGGAAUGGAAGGAACUGUGAUGACAGAUGGAAAGAGCAAAAGCUUAGUGGCAUAUCAUGAAGUUGGGCAUGCUAUUUGUGGAACUUUGACUCCUGGUCAUGAUCCUGUACAAAAAGUAACCUUAGUUCCUCGCGGGCAAGCUCGUGGUCUUACUUGGUUCAUUCCUGCUGAUGACCCAACUCUGAUCUCUAAACAACAACUCUUUGCAAGAAUUGUUGGUGGACUAGGUGGCAGAGCAGCAGAGGAAGUUAUUUUUGGUGAGUCUGAGGUUACAACUGGAGCAGUCGGUGAUUUGCAGCAAAUAACCAGUUUGGCCAAGCAGAUGGUAACCACAUUUGGAAUGUCUGAUAUUGGUCCUUGGUCACUCGUGGACUCAUCAGCUCAAAGUGAUGUUAUCAUGAGAAUGAUGGCAAGAAACUCAAUGUCAGAAAAGCUUGCUGAAGACAUUGAUGCUGCUGUCAAGAGACUCUCAGAUGAAGCAUAUGAAAUUGCGUUGAGCCAAAUAAGGAGCAACCGCGAGGCGAUUGACAAGAUUGUGGAAGUUCUAUUGGAGACUGAGACAAUGUCUGGAGAUGAAUUCCGAGCUCUCCUGUCCGAGUUUGUUGAAAUUCCUGCUGAAAAUCGGGUCCCUCCUUCAACUCCCUCACCAGUUGCUGUUUGAAUUGCCUAUAUGCCACUGCAAUGUAGUGUAGCUUUCCACUUACUGAAUUUUCUGAAAUUGUGAAAUAUUUGUAAUAUACCCCUGGCUCCAAUUUUAGUAAUGACAAGAUCCUAGCUUGCUUCUUUAUUUCUUUUUUCUUGUGUUGGCAACGGAAAAUGUAAGUUUCUUCACAAUUAGUACAUAAUGUAACCUUAGUGAAUAGUAAUGAUAUUAACUCAUUGUAUCAUUGUAACUGGUGAGAUGUAAUGUUUAGUUUGACUAUAAAUGUAAUGUUUACACAAGUUCCCUCA